AUGGCGGCUGGUCUCAAGACAAUAAUAGCCCUCUCAUUUGUGCUUGCCAUUGGGUUCCUCCUGGUUAUCCUCUCGGCCGCCUUAUUCCAUAACUUCCUUACGCUUCUCGUGGUUGCAACCUAUGUGUUAGCGCCGGUACCGAACUGGAUUGCUGGAAGAUGCGCAAAUCCCGAUGACUUUAUCGAAAGCAAUUCGAGUGCCUGGUUAGAUCUGGGCCGGUUUGCGACGGGUUUCCUUGUUGUCAUGGGCAUUGCUUUACCAGUUCUCCUCGCACACUGCGCCCUCAUCCAAAUCCCAGCCAUGGUGAUGUCGAUUAUAGGAGGGCUAUUGAUAUACGGGACCAUCAUCAGCUUCUCACAGUUUUUCCAGGAGGAGCAGGACUUUUAG